CAGAUUCUCGUACUCAGCUUCUUAUGUUUACCGACUUCCGACCCAAAAACUGUCUCCUGGUCCCCAACAACGAGAUUAAUUUAUAUUUAUCGUUGAAAUAGUUGAUUCAUGAUGUUUCUUGGCUAUAGUUAUGCGUCAGAAACCGGUAAAUACCAUGCUCUGAGUACGAUAAUCUGACAACGGGGUGAGUCCAUGUGAUUCCAUUAUCAUGUAAACAAACAAAUGGAAAACAGAGACAGCCUAACUAGCCCCAUAAAACACCCACGAAGAAGAAGAAGAAGAAGAUAACUAAAGCAUACAAAGGAAAACCCAAGAAGAAGAAGGAAGCUCAAGGUAUGAAGAGCCAAGAAGCGAUACAAAGCGUCUGAGGGCUACAGAAGGAGCCUCGCCCCUCCUAACCUAGCCAGCCCCUGCCAGACUGAGGCGGAAACAUGAGGAAUGACUUGGUUGCAGUAAAAGAAUAUUAAGAGGGAUGCAAUGUUAAGACCACUGGGUCGAGUGAUGCUCCAGGUAAAGAGGUCUGGGGCAUUCAAAUUGAGUGAAAAAAUCAAUGUGAAAAUCUACCCAGGAAACCUCUGCCAAUCACUUUCUGCCAUCCAGCAACAAAGCUGUACCUUGAGGGAAGAAAAUACACUGAGCCACAAGGUUUUGGAGUACAUGAGAGUUAGUCCCGAGUAUGCCACUUCUUUCUCAUCCUUGCCUGACCAAAUGAGCCUCACAAGUCCUUUGAACACUUCUGAAGUCCACCAAAGGCUUCAUGUAAUAGCAGAUAGUAAAGAAUCUAAGCCAUGUGAUAUUCUGAUGUUGUUCACUCAGUAUGUCUCUCAAAAGACAUAUAUGGAACAAGAUAUAGCUACUAAGAAAGAGCUGAUGUUCACAGUGAAGGAGAGAAUACUUCAAACCAUUCCACAAAUGACUCUGACUGAUCUUAAACAAUUUGCCAUGAUUAUAAAGAACAUGAACUUUAAAAAGAGCAGAUAUUUAACUGAUAUUGCAACAUGUAUUGACAAUGAGUGUGGGAGAAGGGCAUCAGUGGCUGACUUAGAACAUUGCCUGAAACUCUUUGACAUACUUUUGUUGUUACAUGGCAACCAUUUUCACAGAAAUAGACAGUUUGAUGUUUUCAUGUCACUGUUUGAAAUGCAUACAGCUAAGGCAAAACCUCAUUAUUUAGUUCAAAUUCUUCACUACACUGGUAUUGCAAAGAAAACCAGAUUGAACCAAGAAUAUGUUCAGUUGCUUGUAACUAAGUUGCAGGAAGUUUUUGAACACUUAUCUUUUAUUGAUGCUGGAAUAGCACUUGGGGGUAUAUUUAGGUGUAAUGUUAAGUUCAAAAAAUCAUCUUUACUUGUAAAACAAACGGCAAAGUCAUUACAAAGGAAAGGUGAGAAGUUAGGAGUCCCAAGUGACCUUGAGUGGAAUGCUUUUGUUGGAAUGAUAAAAGUAAUAAGAGCUGCAAAGUACCAAGAUGAAACAUUGUUAAAGUCACUGAGUAAUUUUGUAAUGAAAUCUGCUCCAAAUGUCUUUCAGCCUGAAUUGAUUGCUCAUACAUUAGCUCUUUAUGCUAACAGCCAGAUUUAUGAUCCAGAGGUCUUCACUAAAUUUGAGUAUUUAACGCUCCAGCACUUAAGUGGGCAUGCACAUAUUAUUCGUUCAAAAGAUAUCAGUAGAAUCUUAUGGAGUUUCAGUCAUGUGGGACACAAAGUCAAUGACAAUUUCUUUGAAAUGGUGGAAAAAGUUCUUGUGAGACUUUUAAAUGUAGGUCAAUUUAAUUUUUAUCCAGAGCAUCUCUCAGGCUCACUCUUUUCUUUGGCCAUGUUUGGCCACUAUCCAAGAGAACUUAUAAAGGUAGCUUUUAAGCCAGAAAACAUUGCAAAACUUCAAGGCUACCAAAGAAGCAAACAACUAUCUAGACUCUGGGGACUUUAUGAGGCAAUGAAGAUUGAGGCUCCUGAUAUUUGUGUAGCCCUCCCUGAAAUGAAUCGAAGCGUGUUACCCAAGAGAACAUUGGCAGAUGAAAUUAAGUACCACCCAGCUCUUGCUAAUUUGAUGAAAGGAGUCAAUUUUAUAAACAAGUCAGUUGGUUUAUGUGUUCUAGAACUCAAAUUUCCAGUACCUUUCAUAAAUUUUGCUAGUUUGAUUUUUAAUGCAAGAGGACCGAAGAUGCAAGAGAUUUCUAAAAACUUUGUAUCAAAGGAACUAAGAAGUAUAGGAGAGGUUGUAGGUGCAAACAGGAUUGCUUUUGAAAUUAUUGAUUCACAUUCACUAGUUUUGGGAAGUGAGGAUUUUAUUGGGAUACUAAAAAUGAAAAUAAGAUUAAUGAAGCAGUGUGGAUGGGCAGUAUAUACAAUUUUUGAGGAUGAUGUAAAUAUGUUUAACUGUGAUGAAAAGACAAUGGCAGCAUUUAUUCUUGAAACCCUCUCCAAAAUAAAAAUGUAAAGUUG